UAUCACACCAACUUCCUUCAAAGAAGGGGAGAAGAUUGAAACUGCACCACAUGAACUUGCCGCUGGUGCUUGACCAAACAUUGCAAGAGCAAGGCAUUGAAGGUAUGGCUGCAACACUUUCUUGCACGUUUGUUCCGGCCAAUUUGUACGCAGCAUGGUGUUAUAUCUCAGGAUCUCAAGUCUUGGACGGAGAGCUUGCACUAGAGGGAGUGACGAUAAUAUCAGGUACAAACUCAACUGAAUGUAUGAAAGAUUUCCCCCGCAGUCUUGAAACCCUUGCUUUUGGACAUCAAUUCAACCAGUGCCUGAAAGAAGCAACCUUGCCAAGCGGUCUUCAGUGCUUGAAAUUUGGGGAAGCAUUCGAUCAGAGCCUGGAAGGAGUGACCCUGCCAGCGGGUCUUCAGAGCUUAACAUUUGGGCGAAAUUUUGACCAGAGCCUGGCAGGAGUGAGUUUGCCAUCUAGUCUUCAGAAUUUAACCUUUGGACACAAUUUCAACCAGAGGAUGGAAGGUGUGCCCCUGCCAAGUUACCUCCAGAGCUUGACCUUUGGCGCUUGUUUCAACCAGGGGCUUGAAGAAGUGACCUUGCCAAGUGGUCUUCAAAGCUUGAUAUUUGGGGCGCGUUUCAACCAGAAGCUGGAAGGAGUGACCUUGCCACCUGGUCUUCAGAAUUUAAGUUUCGGUACGUGUUUCAACCAGGAAGUGAAAAAGGAGACCUUGCCAGCGGGACUUCAGAGCUUGAUAUUUGGGCAACAUUUCAACCGGAGACUGACGACCUUGCCAGGUGGCCUUCAGAGCUUGGUACUUGGUGAUUGUUUCGACCAGAGACCGGAAGAAGUCACCUUGCCAAGCGGUCUUAAGAGCUUCACAUUUGGUGUGCGGAACACCCAGAGCUUGGAAGGAGUGACCAAUCUUCAGAGCUUGACACUUGGCCCGUUUUUCAACAAAAGGCUGGAAGGCGUGACUUUUCCAAGCAGUCUGAAGAACUUGACAUUCGGCCACAAUUUCAACCAGAGGCUGGAAGGAGUGAUCUUGCCAACUGGCCUUCAGAGCUUGACGCUUGGUAAUUGUUUCGACCAGAGGCUGGACGCAUUGGUCUGGCCACCUGGUCUUCAGAGCUUGACAUUUGGCAACAAUUUUGAUCAAAGGUUGGAAGGUAUGACCUUGCCAAGUUGUCUCAAGAGCUUGACAUUUGGCACCCUUUUCAACCAGGGGCUCGAAGGAGUGACUUUGCCAAGCGGGCUUCAGAGCUUAACAUUUGGUCAGGAUUUUGACAAGAGCCUGGCAGGAGUGAGUUUGCCAUCUAGUCUUCAGAAUUUAACCUUUGGAGCCAAUUUCGACCAGACGCUAGAAAGUGUGACCUUGCCAAGCGGGCUUCAGAGCUUAACAUUUGGCACGUGGUUCAACCGCAGCCUAGAAGGAGUGACCUUGCCAAGCGGUCUUCAAAGCUUAAAGUUUGGGCGAAUUUUUAGCCAGAGCCUGCAAGGAGUGAUGCUGCCAAUGGGUCUUCAGAGCUUAGGAUUUGGCCGCGAUUUCAACAAGCUGGAAGAAGUGCUUUUGCCAAGCGGUCUUUCCAACUUUGCUUGCGGGUCCAUCUCGUUAAGCAGCUUGUGAUUUGCAGCUGUGAAUUUCUGCAAAAGGUUGCAGGUAAAGUUCUGUCAUGUUGGCCGGCGUGCCAGAUAUGGGCCCAUCAUGCACAUGCAUCAGAUUCUGGAGUAUUAAAGAAGCAUUUGACUAGGACAGAACCAAAUGGAAUGACUUGGGUCGCCACACACCAUGAUAUGAUUUCCAACAUUGAUAAAGAGGGGAUCAGGUAGCAAUGGUUUUUGGAUGCUUCCCAUCCCCUGCUUGAGUGCGUGUGCCAAA